GGUGCUUGCUGAGACCAACUUCAGUCACUCUGUGAAUUGCCGAUGAUCCACAAGACAAGUGCGUUUCCGUGAGCACAAAAGCUCUCAGUACUGAAAAACAAUCGCGAUUAUCAAGUGGUGUGUGAUCCAUCGUGUUGCUAAUUGAGAUCAUUUUUCAUCUCAAGAAACACAGUGCUGAAGAAAGUGAGAAAAAAGUUACCAAGUGGAAGACGAACCAAAGAGUGCAAUCUACGUGACAAAUAUCAGAGUCAUUUGGAAGAGUGCUUUCAUUUAUUUUCCCCAUCAAGUAUAGCUAAAUGAUUAGCCAUUUCUUUCGAGUGUGAGAGUGUCACAAUAAAUCCUCCAUUAUGAAUCUCAAUAAGGUGUUGUCGUCAUGUGUGGUGCUACUUUUUGUGAUCAUCCUGGCAAUGGAUAUGCCAGAUUAUGCUGUGGCUCAAGCUGAGCAACCCCUAUUUGAGUUACCUGUCCAAUUGGUUGGCUUUCCCGUCAUCAUAAUGGCUGUGCGACUAACAAAUUUCGUAAAGAAGCUCGCAUAUUCUCUUAAUCCACAAACAUAUCAGUCUCGCACUCGCCGCUCCAUUGAACACGCGACAAAUGCUUAUGCAACCGUUGCCAUUGAUGCUACUGUUGCAGAGAAGAGGAUCCUGUCGGAGUUUGGACCAAAAGCUUGUGUCCUCGAGGAACCCUGCCGGAUACACGCGUGGAAGUCAAUCCCAGGAGAACAGCCCGACUGGAAUGAUAUCUUGAGUAAUUACAAAAUUCACACAGUUGGAAUGCGUCAAUGGUAUCUGCUCUCAGUCUUUCUUGGAGACGUCAUUAGAAGUCCCAAUCUCUGCAAGCAACUCGCAAAACGAUUGGAUUGCCACCGAGAAAAUCGAGAGCUUGCGUGAGCCUAGUCACUCUGCUUGAAAAUCAUUUCCAAUUUAGUUGUACUGUUUUCUGCCCAAAAAAAAAGUCUUUUUAUAUUGUGCAAAAGACUUUUUUCUCGACCUCUGAGUAAACAUUGUGAUUGUGAGUAUUUCGAAACUAUGUCUCGUUUGGAUUUCUUAAGCAAUACGCGGUGGGAGCUUUUGGAUUAAAAGCUCACACCACACCUGCUUUACGCCUGCAAGUUCUUCGAUUGGUGUUACACUCUCACUUUCCGCUAGAUGUUGCUAUUGAAUUUUACGCGCUGAAAAAACAAACAGGUGAACCCGCGACGAGUUUCUUUUGCGGCAAUUUUCAUGUGGUGCAGCACUCUAUGUACAAUUGCGGCUCUUUCGCAACUUUGCCGGGAUUUCUGGUUUUUCGAGAAGAAUCAUGUGAAAAAAAAAUGCAAUUUCAAAUUUCCACCUCACAGUUGUAAGAUCACACGUAUGGGUUAUUCCAAGUUGAUUGAUUAGCACAUUUUCCCUAUGAUCAGUUAUUUUGAUCACACGCGCGAAAUGUUGCACAAUUUUGCCAUGAUCGGACGUUGUGAAGAAAAGUGAAAUUUCGGUUAUUCAGAGUGACGUCACACGGGUUAACAUCCUGUAUGAGGGCGUCUAAAUAAAUUGUCUUGUUUGUUGUGGUCAAUCAGCGAUUCGAAAGAGAAGAAAGUGAUCUCUCACCGUGUGGGCGAUCAUUUUGCAAACAACUAAAACAUGGUCACACAAUACGUUCAUCAGCAUUUAACAUUUCAAAAGUGUGACGAAACUAGGUCCACUUAGUUGCCAAAAUAUCUUGACCUAUGCAGAAAUUGCAUUAAUGAUAAAAAUUUGUUUAAGUAGGUUGUCGAUGGUUAGAGAUAUGAAGCCAUAUUAUAUCAUUUUGCGCCUCUCUGUAAACAUAAACAACGUGAAUACAAUGGGGAGGUGAAAAAUAUCCCACAGUCAAACACCUUGAUAUAUACUUUCACAAAAACACAUAGCAAAAAUUUUAACUGGUGGAAUGGUCCAAAUUAUGCAUGUGUGUUUGUCUGAGGAAAGUUCUUCAAUGAAGCCCACAGAGUGGCCUCCCCACUAGUUUCUUCUCCAUUUUUCCUAUACCUGAGUGAGACUUUUGCCCACAAAAUCGCGAACCCAAC